CCUCUCAAAGCGACCACACAAUGACGUGGUCACCUCCCCAGUCCGGGCCCUUUGUGGCCCUUUUGGCCCUUCUUUUCCUCGGUUUGACUUCCAGCGUCCCUUCCGGCCCGGCCUCUGAUACCUGCGCCUCCCUGGAGCAGAGCCGCUUCUUCGGGCUGUUCUCUUCGACCGCCAACCUGCCCUCCACGCCGUGCUCCUGGACCCUGCAGAACCCAGACCCUCGCCGCUACACCGUCUACAUGAAGAUCACCAAGCCCACUGACUCCUGCCUUCCCCGCCAGGUCAAGACCUUCCAGUUCGACUCCUUCAUCGAGACCUCUCGCACCUACCUUGGUAUGGAGAGCUUUGAUGAAGUCGUCAGAUUGUGUGAUGCUUCAACUUCUGUAACCUACCUGGAGUCUAGCAAGCAGUUCCUGCAGCUCCGCAAGGUGGCGCCAAGACACGGCCUGGAGAUUGUGGAGGGAGAGAGCAGCGGUGAGUUCAAGGCUGAGUUCCUGGUGGUGGGCAAGAGGAACCCCAGUAUGCCAGCCUGUCAGAAGCUGUGCCAGUGGCUGGAGAAUUGUUUGUCCACCAGCACCCAUCUCAACCCCUGCGGCAUCAUGAACACCCCCUGCCAGUGCUGGGAGACCCCCGUCAGGAAGCCCGGCGGCUGCUACCGUGGAGGCGUCUACCUGGAGAAGUGCAUCCCAACGCCCCGAGACACUGGACGUGAAAUUGUACGCGACGCCGAGAUCAUAAAGGGCUGGAGUGGGUGGGGCCGCUGGUCUGAGUGCAGUAUGGAGUGCGGGGGUGGAGUCCAGGUGCGCAGCCGAGCCUGUCAGCCAGAGGAUAGUGUGUGUGAAGGCGUGGUCGAAGAGGGGCGGGCCUGCAACCCUCAGCCCUGCAUUGGUCAAGUGCACAGCCGUAGCCAAGCCCUGGCUUCCAUCGUCGGCCUGAAAAGAGACAACGCUGAUGUUCCUAUCACUGGAGUUGUGGCCCCUCAAACAGUGGAUGCUGCUGCGGUUGCAGAUGAGUGGUCCCCCUGGAGUGUGUGUUCAGUGAGCUGUGGAGAGGGCUGGCAGGCCCGCUCCCGUUUCUGUGUUACCUCCUCCUACAGCACCCAAUGCACCGGCCCCCUCCGCGAGAACCGGCCCUGCAACAACACCAUGGUCUGCCCCGUUGAUGGAGCUUGGGACGAGUGGUCCCCAUGGAGCCUGUGCUCUUCCACCUGUGGCCGUGGUUACCGUGACCGCACCCGCACCUGCAAGCAGCCCCAGAACGGAGGAGAACCCUGCAAGGGACCCAUCAAACAGACCAAGUUCUGCAACAUCGCAGUCUGCCCAGUGGACGGUGCCUGGAACGAAUGGUCUGGUUGGACCACCUGCUCCACCUCUUGCUCCAAUGGCACCAAGCAGAGGACACGUGAAUGCAACGGGCCGUCCUACGGAGGUUCAGAGUGCCGUGGUGACUGGCGUGAGACCAAUAACUGCUUCCUGAAAGAUUGCCCAGUUGAUGGACGCUGGUUAUCAUGGAGCUCAUGGGGAAGCUGCAGUAAGACCUGUGGGGGAGGAAGCCAGCAGAGACAGAGGAUGUGCGAAGGACCUUACUUCAGUGGAGAGACUUGCCCUGGAGAGAGAGGAGAGCUGAGACGCUGCAACGAGAAAAGAUGCCCAGAACCCCAUGAGAUCUGUCAGGAGGAGACCGAUGGUGAUGUUGUGUGGAAGAGAACCCCAGCAGGAGAUAUGGCGGCCGUGACCUGCCCUACAGACUCCACCGGCAUGAUCUUGCGCCGAUGCACCCUUGGCGCUGUAGGCCUUGCUUAUUGGGAGAGCCCGACCCACAUCAAGUGCAUCUCCAAGAACUACCAGGACAUUUCCUUGUUGGCCCAGCAUGGUGUUGAUAAGGCUCAGAAGGGCCUGAUGGCUGAUGGGAUUUCUGAGGUGAUCUCCCGACUGAGGGCCACCUCUGAUGAGGGGACCAAGUACAGCGGAGACCUGUUGUCCAUCAUGGAUGUACUCAGGAACACCACUGAGAUCUACAAGGGAGUCGGAUACAGCCUGAGCAAUGCUGAUGUGGAGAACUACGCCCAGACAAUCAGCAACUUACUGAAGGAGGAACAUCAUGACAAAUGGGAGGAGGCACAGCUGAUGGGCACUAACAUCAAGGAGUUCUUGCAGCUUGUCGAGGACUUUGUGGACAUGAUCGGUAUGCAGAUGAAGGACUUCCAAGACAUUUAUGAAGUCACCGAGAAUUUAGUGUUGAGCAUCCAUAAGCGCCCCACAACCAUGACCACCGACUUCACCUUCCCAGUGAGAGGAUGGAGAGGCAUGAUGGACUGGGUCAGGACCUCAGAGGAGAAGAUCACUGUUUCCCGUGAUGCUCUGUCCAUCGACCAGUCUGAGGGCACCACUGCAUUUGUGACCGGGAUUAUUCUCUACAGAAACCUCAGCUCUAUCUUGUCCUUCCAAAGUAACAGCACUGUCCUCGACUCCAAGGUAGUCACAGUUAUGGUCAAGCCCACUCCAGGCCUGCUGUCCCCCCCAGUGGAAAUUGAGUUCCCCCACCAACAUAAUGACACCAUAAAUGAAACUUGCAUCUCCUGGGAUGAGAGUGAAACUUCUUCGCUGCUUGGAUCUUGGUCUGCGCGUAGCUGCAGAGCGGUCGCUGUUGAUUCACUCAGAACCAAAUGCGUGUGUGACAGGCUCUCCACCUUCGCCAUUUUAGCGCGUCUAAACCCUGAUAUGAACAUGGAUAAGAAUCUUCUUCCCUCUGUGACACUCAUCGUGGGCUGUGGGGUCUCCUCUCUCACCCUUCUGCUCCUCAUCAUUAUCUAUGUCUCCGUCUGGAAGUAUAUCCGCUCGGAGCGCUCAGUGAUCCUCAUCAACUUCUGCCUCUCGAUUAUCUGCUCCAAUGCCCUCAUUCUGGUUGGACAAACCCAGGCUCGCAACAAGGUGGUGUGUGGUGUGGUGGCUGCCCUCCUUCACUUCUUCUUCCUCUCAUCUUUCUGCUGGGUGCUGACGGAAGCGUGGCAGUCCUACAUGGCUGUCACGGGCCGUCUGCGCAACCGCAUCAUCCGCAAGCGUUUCCUCUGCUUGGGCUGGGGACUCCCUGCUCUGGUGGUGGCUGUGUCUGUUGGAUUUACCAAGGCUAAGGGAUAUGGCACCGUCAACUACUGCUGGCUCUCUCUGGAGGGUGGACUCCUCUACUCGUUCGUUGGGCCCGCUGCUGCUGUUGUUCUGGUGAACAUGGUAAUUGGCAUCCUGGUCUUCAACAAACUGGUGUCCAAGGACGGCAUCACUGAUGUUAAACUGAAGGAGCGAGCGGGAGCGUCACUGUGGAGCUCCUGUGUGAUUCUGCCCCUGCUGGCCCUCACCUGGAUGUCCGCUGUCCUGGCCAUGACCGACCGCCGCUCCGCUCUCUUCCAGAUCCUCUUCGCUGUCUUUGACUCCCUGGAAGGGUUCAUAAUCGUCAUGGUGCACUGCAUCCUGCGUAGAGAGGUCCAAGAGGCAGUGAAAUGCAGAGUUGUUGACCGUAAGGACGAUGGCAAUGGAGAUUCUGGCAGUUCCAUCCAAAAUAGCCACCACACCCAGCUCAUGUCUGAUUUCGAGAAGGAUGCUGAAUCCAACAGACCCGGUGGUAUGAACUCCUCCUGUGAGGAGAAGAUGCCCCUCCCAUCUCAGCUGCCCCUCCCCAUGAGCUCCAACUUCCACACCCUGCCCUCCCACACCACCAAGGCCCACAUGCAGGCCGUGCCCGAGUACUCCAGCCACACCCUCACUCUGAAGAGGGAGAAGAGUUGGCUGCAUGGCGGCAUGGACCCGUCCUCCUGCGGGAAACCCAUUUAUGUGUGCGACGGUGAGCUCUUCCAGCAGUUGGAUGCCGACCUGGUGUGCGGCCAGGCGGAGGGGAGCUGCCCCGACGGUAGCGGCUACUUGCUCCUGCCCAACACCACCUCCACCCUUCGCAAGGCCAAAGAGGACCCGUCCAAGUACAACAUCAGCGUGGAGCAGCUUCCACAGACCAGGCUGGUUCAUCUCAGUGGGCCCUUUGCUGAGCCCCAGGCUGCCUUCGGACUCAAGACGCUACCGUCCGACCGGGUCAGCGUGUCCUACUCGGAGAGGGACUCUCCCAUCCAGAACAUCCACAACAUGUCCAGCGAGUCUCACAUCACCCACAGCAGCCUGGGAGACACCUUUGACUCUAUGAACUCCAUGAUGUCCAAGAGCGAGACCAUCUCCACACUGUCCAUGAGCUCCCUGGAGAGACAGAAGUCCCGUUAUGCUGAAUUAGAUUUCGAGAAGAUCAUGCACACAAGGAAACGUCACCAGAACAUGUUCCAGGACCUCAACAGGAAAUUACAUCAUGCUGAGAAACAAGACAGAGAGUCCCCUGCUUCAGACAGCAAGUCUGUGAGAUGGAGUGUGUCCUCUGGAGGAAGUGACAAAACAAACCACAGCGACAAGCAGCAGCAACAGGUGGAGAGACCCUGGGAUGGGGUCCAGAGGACGCAACAUUCACCGCCUGCAUGGGUGCGGAAAGACCUAGAGCCCCUGGCCGUGUCGCCCCUGCAUAUGCAGCAGGUGGAGUGGGAGAAGGCUGGAGCCACCAUCUCAAUGGUUAGCCAGGACAUCAUUGACCUGCAGACGGAGGUCUGAGAGGAUGAGCCUGAGAUUGUUCCUUAUAGUUCAAACUCGGUCACCUAUUCUAUUGGUUUGGGGAGAAGAAGAGCCAUGGAUCCACAUGGAGAGAGGAGAGGAAGCCAAGAACGAACAAGCGAAGAGAGGUGGGGGAAGAGAGAGCUGAGAGAUUGCUGAACCCAGAAUACCAGAAUACAUGUCUACAAACCCUCAACAGGAGAAAGAUGGAGAGAGAUGAAAGGAGGGAAGCUAUUGUGUUGUCAAGAUUUGUUUUCCAGCAAGGACAUGAUAAUGAGCAACACUAGAGAAGCAGUUUGAUAUUGACUGGUGGUUAGUGUCAGAUAGUGACGGAUGGUUCCAAGGACUGGUUCUGGUUCUGGUUCUGUUUGUGGUCUGACCACAGAGGUUUCCUUUAAUCUUCCGACGGGAUUCAAGAGAGGUGUGGUCGACAUGGUUGACAUGCGGUCAAGAGGCCACUUCGACUCGUUUUAAAACAGUGGGUUUCACUCUACCCCUGAGCUCUAACCAAACCGAACAUUUGUACUUUUGUGUUUGCGGCCAAGGCAUCUUCCAAGUUAGCUAGGACAAGGCAAGAAGAGGCAACUGGACUCCCAUCAGACUUGGUGUCUGACUCAACGCUGUGGUUUAUGGACACACCCUUUAAUUGCUGUGUUGUAGCUAUUAUUUUCUCGCUUUGUCAGGAAGUGCAUCUAAAGAGCUUCAAAGACUCUUCCAUGAGAACUCUCUUCUUGAGACUAUGAUGCCUAAACUGGAGACAAGGCUUGAUCAUGCUUACAGAGCAGAACAUUAUUAUCAUCAUGUUAUUAUAUUAUUAUUAUUACCUGUAUUCUGUUUUAUUGUUUUAGCAUCGAUCUCAGUUUUCAAAAGGACUGCAUAGCAUUCAGACAGUCAGCGUGUUGGUGGGAACCCUGGUUAUGCCUGUGUUCUGCCUCCGCAGCACAUGACAGGCACCUGGAAGAACAUCAAGCUCUGUUACAGGAAGAGCAGUGUAUUCUGGGAACUGCUGAGCAGCAUCAUUAGGAAGUGUUGGACAAAGACCAUUAGAUUCCCACCUCCAGUUCCCAAUAAACAAGAGCCCCCGCUAUUGGACCUCUUUUCCUUCCUGCGACACACAGCCUUGCAGAAAGAGCUCUAGAUCCCAGGACUAUAAACUGCGAGGCACUUGCCAAUGACAUGACUUCACUUCCGCAGUGCCAGCUACAAAGGACUCCAACACAACAUCCUUGUGUUUUAAAACCAUCAGUGUGAAACUAGUGCAAUAUGAUGGGCGCUUGAUGCUCAAGCUGGACUGAUAUCAGAAUUAUAAGGCUGGUUUUUCUUAAGAUGUUUCAAUACUCUUUUAUAACAUGUUCCUCAUAUUUAUAGAGCAUACAGAUACUUUGUUGUGUAAAAAAUAUGUAUUAGUAAUGAAACACAUGAAUUCAAUAGAGGUUUGCUUGUGUUCCGAGUGAAAGCGCAAGACUACAAAUUAUUUGGAGGUCUGUGAUUAGUAGAUUAUUCUAAUUCUAAAAAGCAAAUGUUAUAUAGAAUUAAUAAUAGCCUAUAAGAAUAUAUCUAAAAAAACAGUGCUUCAGGAUAACUGUUUUGACUCCAUACCUCACUGUGUGGAGUAACUGAACCUCAUGUCUUCUGUAAUAGUGUGUUUUUGAUAAUCUUGUCAAUAUUGCACUACAGUAUGUGCCAAAAAUCUUUCCUGUCCCCUAUUUCCUUCCUAGCCAUAGUGCCCCCCUCUUGUUGUAAAUGUAUAGUUUUGAGAGCACAAGAUGAAUGUGAUUUUUUUGAAUAAAAUAAAAACAAAUCUAUAUUA